CGACCGAGUCGCUCUCAGCUGACGAAGUUGUCACAGCUUACCGUAAAGCCUGCGAGAAGCAAGGCGUGAAGCCGCUUGGCUGCGUUUUAGAACAACUCCAGAAGGUGAAAACAUUUGACCUUAGAGAUGCUGACUUAAUACUGAAAGGGGAAAAACUGACUUCUAAACACUGUGAAACUUUGGAAGAAGUGUUUAAAAGAGUCCAGUUUCAAACAGUAGAUCUUGAAGCCUGUGGAUUGGAUGAUGAGGGCUCAGCAGCAGUUUUUGAUAUGAUAGAAUAUUAUGAGUCAGCCUGUAACGUGAACAUAUCUUUCAACAAACGCAUUGACUUAAGGGGGUGGCAGUCAUGUUCACGCAUGCUAAGGAAAACUCCUUGUAUCCAAUACUUAGAUGCACGCAACACAGGUCUGAAUGACCAGAGUUUGCUUAUACUUGGUCGUGCCCUCCGACUUGGCUCUGGUUUGAUUACACUUCAUUUAGAAAAUUCUGGACUUAAUGGAAGGUCACUGGUUAUCCUGAUGGCUGCUCUGAAACUAAACAACACACUAAAAGAACUCUUUCUUGGAGAUAAUAAAAUAUCAUCAGCUGAUGGUCUUCAGAUUGGAAAUUUAUUGAGAGCCAACAGCUGGCUAGAAAUGCUUGAUCUCAGGAACAAUAACUUACAGGACUUAGGACUGUGUCACAUACUAGAUGGAUUAACUCAACAACCCACUUUGGGAGGAUCAGGCCUACAAACACUAGUACUGUGGAACAACCAAAUCACAAGUAAUGGCAUGAAACACUUGGUUCACUCACUUCCACAAGUAAAGAACAUGAAGACACUCAAUUUGGGAAAUAAUAAUCUUGGGAACAGUGGCAUCCAGCAGCUGAAACAAGCGCUGAUGUGCAACAAAACAGUAGCAAAUUUGGGUCUUCAGAACACCAAAAUAACCUGUGAGGGUGCUGUAGCCAUAGCAGAAUACAUAGCUGAAAAUAAACAUAUAACGAGAGUUGAUCUCCGUGACAACAAGAUUCAAGUAGGUGGCCUCAUGGCUCUCUCAUUGUCUUUAAAACACAACUGGAGCCUUACUCGUCUAGACCUAGACCAAGUCACUCAGCAGAACCAUCAGGCAUCUACAAGAGCUAUCAGUAUCUUUUUACAGCAAAGCUAUGAUGCUACAAUUGACCACUGCAAGCAUCUGCAGGAGAUUACUGGGUACUGCAAAAGAAACAAAGAGCAGAAGGAACUUCAUGCAUGGAAUGCCAUCAAGUCCAAACCAGAACUACCAGAAAAUCUGCCAGUGAAGACCUCCCACCAGACCUCCUUACCGGAUCCAGCAAGUGCUACCUGUAAUGGCAUUGCUCAGCAACCUUCUGCAAUUACAGUGCAGCAGAGUGAUGUGGGUGAACAUGAGACUCAGGAAAAUAAUAGCAAAAAGUACUCUGCUAGUCAUAAGUCAAGUUUAUUAACAAUGAGACUUUUGCAAAGCUCUCCCAUUCCUGUUUUUAAUAAAAGUAGAUUUCGGGUCAGUCAAGUGUUUCUUGAGAAAGAAGGGGAAAAAACAUCAGUGAAAGAAUUAAGUUCUUCAGCACCUGCUGAAAUAUCUCCCCUGGCAGGGCAGACAGUUAUCACAGAUCUUAACAUCUCAAAAUUAGAAGACUUACACUCAAUUAAUGGUCUUUCCUUGUCCUUGCCAAUUUCCGUGGCAGAAGUUAUAGAGAAUGAUUAUAAUACUCCAAAACAAACCAAGCCUACUGCUUUUCCACUUCAAAAAAGUAUUGCUCAGAAUUGUUCAGUGUUAGAUCAAGUUACUGUAAGUGAAAUGCCUUCUACACUAUCAGUUCCUCAAGACUCUGGAAGUGUGGAUAUUUCACAGUGUGCAACAGGUGCUUCCGGAUGUGUAUCAGGACAGUGUUGUCAAGGUUCUACUACACAUUUGAUUGAAGUAUGUGAAUCUUCAUCGGUAGAAAGUGCUUCUGACAAUGCUUCAGUUUCAAAAAAUACUAUAUUACUAGAGACUGUCAAAACAAGGGAAGCUAGUGGUUGUUCACCAUCUUCUAACAAGGUUCCAGAAGAUGAAAGGGUUCCUGCCAGAGAAAAAGAGACAGUUAUGCUUCCAUGUCAACCAGAAGUUACAGAAAGUAAAAGAACUGUUAACAUUUUCCAAGAAUGUAGUCAGUCUGUUCUAAAAGGCUCUAAUGGUGAGAGAAAUGAUCUUAUAAUGCUCGGAUUUAUGGGUAAAGAAGCAAAGAAUCCAAACAUUUCCCCUCCUGAUUCGACUAAUGACGUACGCUACCUACGGAUGCUACAUCGCAGACUCAGUUCUCCUGUAGUGUCUUCAACUUCACCAUCUGCGUACAAGCCUCCAGCGUUGAACCUAAAGCUCUGUAAACGUCUCGAUUGUUUGGACCUACGUAGCUCAGUUCCUCUUUCACCUACACGGCUUAUGGAAGGAAUAGCAUUCCCAGAUCCACCACUGACAAUGAAAUAGAAGAAAAGAUUCAUAACAUCUGCAGGUGAAAUAGUUUAGAAAUUGAUGUGUGAGAAUAUCAACUCCUUCCUUCCUGGUACUGAUAGUAUAAGUAGUUGUUCACAUUGAUGUACAGUAUUAAUAUUGUUGUUUCAUGUUGUUCAGGAUCUUUAAAAUUGUUAAUCAGUGAGAAUUAUGAUAAUUUGUUAACUUCAUAAUAAUGUCUUCAGUCUUGAAGUAGGAUGUUCAAAUGUGAAGAGGCUUUAAAACUGGUGAUUUAUACUUAAAAACAUCCUCUAACAGUCUUUCCCUGUUCUGAAGUAGAUUUUCUCGCACAAUUUCCUCGUAAAGUUUAAAAACAAAACAAUAAAUGUAUGUUGGAGUUAAAAGACAACAUCAAAACAUUCAUACAGGUGUCUGCCAACUGGCCAUCUCUCAUAUAAUUCAAAGCAUCUGUAUAAUUUUUACUGUAAAAAAUUUAGAUCCAGCAUGAGUUUACUAAGCUUCCAGGUGUGGUAGGUAAUGAACUGAAAGUGUAUGCAUGUUAAGUAUUUCUGUAUAUUUGAGUAUUAUGUGAUAGAUCCUCUGAGUGGUUGAAGCGGAAGCUGUUUUUGUUUUGAUUUUAAAGCAGUGAGAGUUUUUCUUGGUGACAUUUUUGAUGUAUAUGUUUUGAAUUUGAGUAAGUCACAGAGUAAAUGAUACAAUUUAUUAAAAAAAUUGUUUGUAAUAUGGUGGGAUAUUGUUAAAAAAACCAGUGUUCUGUUCUGAACUGAUGUUUUUAAUUGUCUAAAGUGAUUAGGUCUUAGAUUCCUUUUACUAAAUGUAAUGUUAAAGAAAAAGUUCUUUCUGAAAAAUGAAUAUACUGUGAUUUUUUGUUAUUACUACUACGAUACUUUUCUGUUAGAGUAAGGAUUGUAGUCUGAGAGAGCCAUAUCUUUAUUUGCGAUAUUCUAUGAUGAACAUAUUUUUUGAUUAUUCUAGUAUUAUUUAGGAAUCAAAAAAUUAAAACUUUGAACUUCAUCCUCUUUAAUGACUAUACAAAAUUUUUAUUUUAAAUUUAUAUAUUUUAAUUCCAUUUCUCUUACCAAUUUACUUGGUUCUGUUACUUACAUGUCAAAUCACUUAUAAUUUGCUGGUUGGUGUUUCCUUGCAAGUCUUUUUCUAAUGCUGGUAGAAACUACUGUCAUGAGAUGUAGAAUUUUAUAAACCAGUUAAACCGUAUUGGUUCUGUUGCUGGAAGUGUUUCCCGAUGAAGAAUACCAGUCAUAAUUUCUUUUACGAGCUCAUCAUCAGUUUUCUCAGUGCUCGUUAACAUAAAAACAACCUUAUGACUUUUCUCAAGUACCAUUUUAACUGUGUUCAUUUGUAUACCUUCUUUUGAAAAGUAAAAGUCAGUCACAAAAAACAAUCUUUGAGAAAUGUGUAAUUUUCUGGAAAUUUUUAUAGGUAUACAUUAAAGCAUCUUCAUUGGCUGGAAUAGCCUUUCUUAAAAGUUAGUUGCUGUCUUCACUUGAUUAGUACAUAUUGUCUUUUUUUUUACUUAUUCCAAUGUGAGAAUUCCCACAAAUCAUUCAGUUUUUUAAGUUAACUUUCAAAGUAACUGAGUGCAGUUAAGUGAAGUAUAAUAAUUAUCUUUGAAAGUAUUUCAUCCAACAAAAAAUUAACCAAAACUUACUCCGAGUAACAAGUUCUUGAUCACAGUGUAUAGACGUAGCUCUCUUUCAACAAAUCCUGGAUAAAAAUGUAUUUCACUUCAAUGUGCUUUUAUUUUAUAAUAUGCCAUCAAAGAUUAUCAGAACUUUGAUCUCUGGUAAUAUCCAUGGUAGGUAGUUCAAGAAAAUGUUCAACAGGUAGCUAUGAAACUCAGUGAAAGAAAUCAAUUAUUUUUAUGUUUCUAUACAAACGUGUCAUCUUAUGAAAUAUGUGGAUAAAAUUACUGAUAUUUAUACAAAACACCAGGGAUAUCACUUAUUUUGGGCACAAACAAUACUGUGUGUGAACAUAUAUGUAUAUAAUGUUUGUGCUAUUUGAAUAGUUAUUAAAUAACAUGGAACAUAAUCAGAAAAAAUGCUCCUAAAACAGACUUAUUUGUACAUUUUUACCUUUAAAAAAACCCAAGUCUGUCCAGGGGUUCAUCUCUAAUCAAAGUAACCCUUCCCCCAUAAUGAAAUCUGAAAUGGUGCUCCUGCAAGACACAAAUCUGGUUAGCAUCUUAUGGAAUAUUAUUAUUAUUUUUAAUGGUUCAUAAAAUCUACUUGAAAACAUUUGUGAUGUUAUUAAUAAUAAGGUUUAGAAAACCAAGGUGCUUUUAUUCUUAGCCUCUUAAGGUUUGUGAAGUUGAGAUGCAAAUACAGGUCAACUUUUAUCUUAUCUAUGGUUCUCUCAAAGUAGCUCUUUUUUUUUUGUUGUUGGAGUGGGGGUGGGGUACAGAAAAAAUAUGAAUUCAAAGUUAUUGUAUUUUUUUUUCCCCUCAACCAAAAACUACAAAUGCUCAAUAUUUUUUAUUGAAACAAAUUAAAAUGCUGUACAAUGAGUUAAACCUGGAACAAUGAUGUCUCUUUUACAAGCAUGCUGAGUGCCAUCUGGUCGGAGUUAAGAUUCUACAUGAAAAUGUGUAUAUAUGUUUACCUGUAUUUUGAUACAACAUUUUCUUGCAAAUAAUUGAAUAUUCAGACUCACUGACAACAUUCUUCUUAGGACAGUGAAGGAAAUGAUUUAUUUUUUUGUUCUAAUUCAUUAUUUCCAGUAUGAUAGUUUGGCUCUCCAGUGGCACAGCAGUAUGUCUUCGGACUUGCAACGCUAGAAACUGGGUUUCGAUACCCAUGUUGGGCAGAGCACAGAUAGUCCAUUGUGUAGCUUUGUGCAUAACUUCAAACAAUAUGAUAGUUUGAUUUUACAAAAAAAUAAAUAAGCUUUUUAGUGAAAUCAUGUAAUUUUAAAUCUUUGAAACCAUCUCUUUAUUGUAGUGCUUUAUACAGCAGAUACUGGAAGCCACUGCCAAACUUGAUUAAGGAUUGGGAAAACCAUCAGUCAAGUUUUUUAAAUUUUAUAUCUCGAAACAGGAUCAUCAAAUGUUAUUCAUAUUAUCUUUGACAUUGUUAUCGUUAACUUCUGAAUAAAAAUGAGUUCAGUAAUGUUGUGAAUAUCAAAAUAAAUGAAACUUUAAGGUAGACAUCCUCAAAUGCAACAUUAGUUAAGAAACUAUAUGAAUGUAGGUCAAAGUUGGUUACAAAGGUGUAGUUUAAAGGAUUCAAUUCAGUUUAAAUAUAAUAAUCGGGGUUUCUGAUUUUCUGUUUUAACCCAUGUUACAAAAAAAAAAUUAAACUGGUGUAUAUUAAAUAAAUACUGGAAAUGUUUACUCAGUACACAUAACUUCACCCCCUUUGUCAGUGCAGUUAGUUAUGGAAUGUCCCUCCUUCCUGACUUGUAUCCAGUAUUGAUUCGUUCUGAAUUUUUUAAACGCACCCCAACUACUGUGGGGUAGCAAAGGUUAAAUAACAUGAAAGUAAUUCUUAUAGAUAUAAUAAGGCAUAUAAUACAAAUUAAAGUAGAACUUGUGCAGAAAAAUAUUUUGAGAAAAACAAAAUCUCGUAUAUAUAUAAAAAUGAAAGUCCUGAAAAAAAUCACUUCAGGCAAUCUCUUUAAAACUGGAAAAUAGCUAAAACUAAACACCAAAACAGACAUUCUCUUUAUAAUGUAAACCAUUUAGAAUUAAACAAUAACAAAGAAUGAGUAGAUGUCAUUAUGUUUUCCAGUAGGUGAUGUUGUUGGCCAUAACUCUAGUGGUGCCUCAUAAGGUCUGAUGUUAACCUUCAACAUGUGGUACGUUAGAUCUAAAUUGAAACACCAAGCACUAAUGC